CAAACAACUUAGAAGAAUGCUGAAAAGAAAAAUUGAAAGACGGAAGGAGUAUGUGAAUGCAUUCUCUAUGAACCUUCGUGACAUUCGCGACUGAUCGAGUGAGUAUGGCUUAAUACCUCACGAUGUUCGCUCUCCAAAUCCACUCCGUCGAAUUUCCUCAACCGCUUUCCGCCGCCACAUCGGCCGCCUGCGUCUCAAAUCCCCCAGACAAUUUUGGCAGCCUGAACCCUUUGGAGCAACGGGGCGUUGCGCACCUCUUCCGACACCUUCCCCCGUCGGCAUCCGCCACCUACGCCACCGCGCUCACCGGUAUCGCUAACCCGACCGCCCGCACGACCGCCCUAUUUGUCGUUGCUGUUCCUAGUAGCUUAUCAGCCGCUGACUUUCUCCUCUUUUGUGGGUCCCAUGUCGAGCAAUUCACAGGAGUCCUCUUCCUCAGGAAUGAUGUAAUGGAGGAUAGAUUUAGUGUGUUGAUAACAUUGGUGAAUCAAUUAGCUGCAGAUGGAUUCUAUUGUAAUUACAAUGGUAGAAGAUUUAAGCAGACAGAGCGUGAGGUUUGCCACAUUUAUUUUACUCAAUCAGUGGAAUGCACAGAAUCAGCAGAAAUAGCCAGCACACCUCCGCCGGGUUAUACUGAAUUGCCCACUUGUCCAGUUUGUCUUGAAAGACUGGACCAAGAGACAAGUGGAAUACAGACUACAUUUUGCGACCAUUCAUUUCAAUGUUCUUGUGUUUCAAAAUGGACCUACUCUUCAUGCCAGGUCUGUCGACUUUGUCAGAAGCAGGAUGAGAGACCAACCUGUUCUGUAUGUGAAACACCCACGAACCUCUGGGUCUGCUUGAUUUGUGGCUUUGUUGGAUGUGGAAGAUAUGUAGAAGGGCAUGCCAUCAGACAUUGGAGGGAUACACAGCAUCACUAUUCUCUAGAACUAGAGAAACAGCAAAUCUGGGAUUAUGUAGGGGACAAAUAUGUUCAGCGAUUGAAUCAAUUGAAGACUGAUGGCAAGCCAGUCACUAUGACUUCUCCCUGUGUUGCAUCUGACAAUGAAUCCGGUGUUACUGGGUAUGAUCAGGAUCCAGGUCUCAGUGGUGCCUUAUAUAGCAGCAAAGUUGAAGCGGUAAUUACUUAUUGAGAAAAUUUGUUGCAAAUAAACCCUUCUCUGGCUGAAUUUGAAAUAAUUAUCCCAUCUUGGGAAACUUCACAAAAGAAUCCCAACUUUUUAGCAAGCAGGCUGCCAACAAUACGCGCAAGCCAAUGGGAUGAAGGUUGCUGUUAGAAAUUGAUGGUGUGGCAACAAUUUUUCUUCACCACCUAACAACAAAAAAUUGACACGUAUUUCAUAUAUUCCCCUUGGUCUCUAACAUAGUUAAGCUUGGCUCAACUGGCCUAGGAUGAUUACUCAUUACAGCAGUUGCAUCUUUUCCUGCCUG